AGUUUUCAAAUCAAACGCAAAGUCAAUCAAACCAAAGUUCAAUUUCUGUAAAACAAGUAAAUUGUGCUUGUUAAAAUUCAGUGGCUUAUUUAAAUAAUUCAACUAGUAUACAGUGAUUUGAAUAAAGAUACAUAAAUAUUUAUUUUAUCGUCACUUAACAUUCUAAUUGGGAAAACAAAUUAUUAUUUGAAGAAACAUGGCAGCUGCUAUUCCUGCUGUAACCAAGCUUACUAGCAGGAUAAUAAGGAUUUUGGGAUGUAACCCCGGGCCUAUGACCCUUCAGGGUACCAAUACCUAUUUAAUAGGCACGGGAAAAAACCGAAUCCUACUAGAUACUGGUGACAAAGAUGUACCAGAGUAUCAGAAGCACCUUGCUGAGGUUGUGCAUUCAGAGAAGGUUAAUAUUGAGCAUAUAGUUGUCACUCAUUGGCAUCAUGACCAUAUUGGCGGCAUCGAGAACUUGUAUGGCAGUAUUGCUAAGCAACCGAAAAUCUGGAAGCACAAAAGGAACUCAGAGGACGAAAAUGACGAUCUACCGAAAUCUAUUCCAACAAAUUGGUUGUCGGACGGCCAGGAAAUUAAAGUAGAGGGCGCCACCGUCAAGGUACAUCACACGCCAGGCCACACAACUGAUCAUGUGGUACUUACUCUAAUGGAAGAGAAUAUCCUGUUCAGUGGAGAUUGUAUUCUUGGAGAAGGGACAGCAGUAUUUGAGGACUUGUACACUUACAUGAAAAGUCUUCAAAAGAUAUUAGACCUCAAACCAGAUACUAUUUAUCCUGGACAUGGUAAUGUUGUGGAGGACCCCAUGGAAAAAAUCGAAUACUACAUCACACAUAGAACACACAGAGAGAAUCAAAUUUUAGAAGCUUUAAAGGAAAAUGCUGAAAGGCAGAUGAAUGAAAUGGACUUAGUUAAAAUAAUAUACACUGAAACACCUGAACAUUUGUGGCCGGCGGCGGCUUAUAAUGUAAACCACCAUCUUACUAAGCUAACCAAAGAGAAGAAAGUAAUGUUUUUCAAUGUAGAAGGUGAAAAUAAAUGGCAGUUUGCGCAAGUCACUCCCUGCAACUUAUAAUAGCCUUUAUAUGGUUAAAGUUUAUGAUUAAAAUGUUGAUUGUUUUAUACACAGAUUAUUUUUAUUAAAAAAGGUGAUAUUAUUAUGAAAGAAA